GUGCUGUCAGGCUGUCAGGUUGUCCGCCUGUCUGCUGUCCAAUUGCCCCCGCCUGCACCAGCACACCAGCACACCAGCACUGCCCAUUCCAUUCCACCCCAUCCUCCCGCCCUGUCCCGGCCGUCACAUCACACUCCCCCCCAUCAAAUCAAUGAAUCAACCAGGCGGGCCUGCGCAUGCUGUAUUGUCCUUGCUUCACUCCACACCACGUCUUGUCCUGUCCUGUCCUGACCCUAACUAGCCCUCGUCCUCGCCCUUGACCCGCAACCCAGUCCCGGGCCAGCAGAGCAAAGUGACAGACAGACAGACAGACAGACAGACAGACAAGAGUGGUCAGACAGACGACUACUUGCAUUCGCAGACCGGCCCUUGGUCACACAGACAUAUGUCUGUGCCCUUUCAACGUCCACCCUCCUAGUUCAGCCGCCUCGACCCUCCCACAUCCACAUCCACUUCCACAUCCCGCCAGUCGAGCCUAGCUCCUCGCCUCUUGCAUUAGGGAGCCAGAGCAGAGCCGUGCUCUCCUUCUCCCGGGCUCUACAACUGUCCAACGGACCAAGCCGGACCCAAGCCACGACGGCCUCACCACCACCCCUCCGUUGAUGCUCAAGGGUUGCCACCAGCCAGCCCGGCUUCCACAAACCCUCUCUCCUAACUCUCCCUCUCCACCCUCCCACCACAGGGGACAGGACGAGACAGCCAGCGCAGCCUACAUGCCCUCAGCCGGGCCAGCAUCUCGCCCUCCAUCUUUCCCAUGCUACUGAUUCACCACCUCUUCCUCCAUUGAGCCACGGCUGCUGCUCCUGAUCCCCAGCAAAAACACCUUCUUUUUUUCCCUGGCCACAGCAGACAACGCCGCACCAACCAGCAGCCAUGGAUGACUAUCUGGAGAGCCCCCUGGAGGACGAUGUCUUUCCUUGCAAAGGCUGUGGAGAGAUCCUGGAGGAGGGCAAGGCUUUUGAGCUUGCUGGAAACCGAUGGCAUCUGAAUUGCUUCCGAUGCAACACCUGCGGCACCCUCCUCGACUCCGAUGCGAACCUCCUCCUCCUCGGCGAUGGCUCUCUGAUUUGCAACAACUGCACAUACAGCUGCAGCGCAUGUAGCAACAAGAUCGAGGAUCUCGCGAUCCUCACUGGCGACCAGGCCUUCUGUGCGACCUGCUUCCGAUGUCGAAACUGUAAGAGGAAGAUCGAGAAUCUGCGAUAUGCAAGGACAUCACAGGGAAUCUUCUGCAUGAGCUGUCAUGAGUCGCUCAUGGCAAGACGGAGAAAGAAAUCCAAGGCUGCCGCCCAUGCGAAGGGGCGAGAUAAGGACUCCCCCAUGGUCGAAAAGUCUCUGCCCGCGUUGCCGCCCAACGCGAUACCACCCAACGCGUUUUCCGACGACCGUGUUUCCCCAGACUCAGACACUCCUACCGAGCUGUCGCCGCGACCAACCAGGCCGGCGUAUCCCAGGAAGGACUCGUCCUCAAGAGGUAGUUCACGUCCCGCCCGCUCGCCAGAGAGGCAUCCUGAGCCCAACAAGGAGACUGGGACCGGGCUCGGCCUGCCCGCCCACAACUACCGGAAAAACAGGAACAGCUCCAUCAUCGGUGGACAGGCUAACAUCGAAGGUGCAGACGGUGACAGCUUUUUCAUCCCGGUGGCCCUAGACCCCAGCCCCGCGCCCUCGGUGUCGUCGCCGCGGUCCAACGGUGACGCAUUUGACCAGCGCAAAAUUAGCAACGAAAAGGAUUAUUUUACGAAACAGGCGGACAAGAAGAAUGAGGUUCGCAGCUCCCAGGCCUCAACCCCUCACAUUGCCUUCCAGGAAAAGCCGCGGCGGACCUCGUCCGACUACGAAGCUUCGACCCCCAAGGAGCCCGCGAGGAAGCUGUCAAAGUCGUCUAGGUCUGACAGGAGCGUCAUGUCACAGGCAUCCCCUGUCGCCAGCGAGGACAGGUCCCAGAAGGCCUCGAACGGACACAAGGAUGAAUUCAAGCUCCAGGAUGCCCCCAAAAGUAAGAAAUUAAUCACCAACCGGCUCCCUCCACAAGUGACCAGCUCCCUGGAGAACGGCACCCCCAAGUCGGUGGACCGCAACGUGAGGAGGGAUACUCUGGGUUCCAAGUCCGAGUCGCCCCCGCGGUAUGGCUCGGCGGACAGGUCUGGAGCAUCCAGGGAGGCCCAGGACGCCCGCACAAAAGAUGAUGACAAGCGUCCAUCCCUCGAAACAAACAAUUCCAAUUCCGCUAGGACCGGAGACACUUCCAAUCCCAGGACUCUUCCUCGAAAGGACCUCCCCAUCUCGGCUGCCAAUCGCAGCGUAAACGGCAAGUCCACGAGGCCCGAGGAACUCACCCGACCACAGGUCGAGCAGAAACUGAGCGACACGUACAUGUCCCCGCGGGCUCCUCCCCAGCCUCCCGGGGCGACCGCCGCUGCGAAGGAGUCGAACAAUGCAAAGAACGGGCAGACAUCCCCCAAGGUGUCCCCCAAGCUACCGAGAUGGAGCUCUGGCGGCGAUUUCACCAUGGAUGAAGACAUGGCACGUAUCCUGGGCACUGACGAGGGAUCCUCCUCCUUACUACGCCGAGUCUCCAACGCCGUGAGGCACGGGCGUACCGGAAGCACAGAGUCUAACUCACCGCAGACCAGGACCGCACAUGGUAGAAGCAUGAGCGAGACGACCCGAGGAACCGCUUCGCCCAGCUGGGACAAGACCCCCAUCAUCGAGACCGAUCAGACUGGCGAUACGAACUCCAUAAGCAUUCCCGUGUCCCAGGACGACCCCGCCUUUUUGAAGCGACAACUGCGCACGUCGGAGCAGCGAGUUGCGGAGCUGGAGAAGAAGUUCCAUUCGGAGAAGGACCUGCUAUCCAUCGACGAGAAGCUGACCGAGAAGAGGAAGACCGUCUCUGUCCUGGACACGCAAACUGAAAUUAUGCUCCGUGAGUUGGAAGUACUUGCCGGCUACGUUGAGCGAGCUAAGGACAGCCAACGGCCCAUCGACUACCAUGCCCUCGAGCAGUCUGCCAUCAAGGAUUUUGUCGAGAAGCUUGAAAAGGUCAAGCAGACCAUGGGCGCGACUAUCCAGCAGCUGCACACCGAACGGAACCAGUUAAUCGAAGAUAAGGAGCGGGCGAUCGCGGACCGGGACCGGGCCCUCCUCGAGUUCGAGCAGCUGUCAUCUAAGAAUGCACAGCUCGCUGACAUGAAUAAUGACCUCACACACCAGAUUCAAGGGCGCUUCAAGUCACAGGUUGGGUCUGAUGGAAAGCCUUCGAACGGGCUGGGCAUAUAUGCAAACCACAAGUCCAUGUCCAGCACGUCUGUCCACAACAUUGAUGCCUCGAGCAUUCAGACUGGGCCAACGCUGGUAGCCACAGACGUUGAUGAGCCUAUCCUCGAGGGGCCAACUGUGGUUCAGGUGAGAAAGGGGCAGGCCAAGAAGUUCAACUGGAAGAAGGGCGGUAAGUCCGUGGCACAGAACAUUACCAGGGUCGGCCGGGCCGUCGCUGCCUUCCAGACGAACGAGCGCGACCCCAGACUUCCUCAGCAGGGUGGCUUGAACUCGGACAACAUUGGUCUGCCAUACAACAUGACCAACACGCAGUAUGAACAGCCAUCGACCACGCUGCCUGGUACCAACGGGCAGCCGAACCGCGGCGCUCCUCAAGACGCUCGAGGCUUUGGCUUCUUUGGCAAGAACAAGAACCCUAACCUGCCAAAGUCCGUCUCGUCGGCAAACAUCACUACCGCAGCGGCCAUGGCUGAGGACCCUAGCACCCUGUUUGGUUCUGAGCUCGUAGAGAGAGCCGAGCACGAGCGUCGCCAGAUCCCAAGUGUCGUCACCCGAUGUAUAGAGGAGGUUGAGCUCCGGGGCAUGGACGCCGAGGGCAUCUACCGGAAAUCAGGUGGCAGCGGACAGGUCAAGAUGAUCCAGGAGGGCUUCGACAGGAUGGACGACUUUGAUAUUUCCGACCCAAGCAUCGACAUCGCAUCUGUUACCAGCGUUCUCAAGCAGUACUUUAGGAAGCUACCCACACCGCUCUUGACCUUCGAUGUUUAUGACCGGGUUCUGGAAUCAGCCGGCAUCGCCGACACUGCUGAGCGCUGUGCUCAUCUCCAGAAGACGGUGAACAUGCUCCCGCCGAAGCACCGUGACACCCUGGAAUUCCUGAUGUUCCAUCUGGCCAGAGUUGCCAGCCGCGAGCGAGAGAAUUUGAUGUCACCCAAGAACCUGGCGGUGGUGUUCGCGCCCACAAUCAUGCGGGACCACAGCCUCGAGAGGGAGAUGACGGACAUGCACGCGAAGAACCUUGCGGUGCAAUUUAUGGUUGAGCACAGCAGCGAAAUCUUUGCGACCGACUGAGACCGAGGGCUGAAGACAGGAGAAAUUGCACAGCAGCUUCUGGACCUAUCAAUCAAUUUUGAGAGGACGAAAAGAGCGGGAGAAGACGCCAAGAUACAGCGAUGAGCGUAUUCCGCCAUUGAAACACCGACCGACUAAGAUGAUAAGCGACCUCCUACCUUGACUAUUGUACAUAUUUACUUCGCCAUGUGGGAUAUUUCACCCAGAGGUGCAAGGGCGGGAGGACGGGAGAAACCAAGGAGGUGGGAGCGCCUUGGUUGUUUUUUCUUGACAUAAUGCGCUGGCGCUGGCGAGUGGAGCGAGCGAGCCAGCCAAGUUGACAGUGAUCUGGUUAGAAUUCGAUUCCCAGGCUAGCAUAGCAAGCUCCCGAAGGUAUUCGGCUGGAUGGCAUGUGCGCAUCGAAAGGGAAUUUUUGGAGGCGAGCUUGAUACCUAGACCCCGUUAGUGGAAAUGUCAUCUUCUGGAUGCGAGCUUUGACACGA